AUGGAGAGUUCAGUGUUUGAUGAAAUGAACAGAGAACUGGAGGAGGCCCAGCGGAAACUGAAACAACUUGAGGAACAAGAAAAUGAGCUUUUGGGAAAAAUCACAGAACAGAAAGAAAACGUUCAAAAGCUGGAAAGAACUUUGCAGAGCCGCUGGGAGAAAUACCUGCUUUCACAGGUGAUGGAGCUGGAAGCAGAGAUUAGAAAGAAGAACAGGGAGCUGAAAAUGCUCAGAAAGAACACAGUGAAAGAACAGAGGAGAGAGGAAGAAGAGAAAACAGAGGAAGAACAGGUGAGAGAGGAAGAACAGAGGAGAAAGGAAGCUGUGGUGAUUUCCAUGUUUGAGGAAAUAAACAGAGAACUGGAGGAGGCCCAGCGGAAACUGAAACAACUUGAGGAACAAGAAAAGGAGCUUUUGGAAAAAAUCACAGAACAGAAAGAAAACGUUCAAAAGCUGGAAAGAACUUUGCAGAGCCGCUGGGAGAAAUAUCUGCUUUCACAGGUGAUGGAGAUGGAAGCAGAGAUUAAAAAGAAGGACAGGGAACUGAAAAUGCUCAGAAAGAACAUAACCUGUACAUCUGAAUACAAAGGCACUGUGUCGCGUAGAGAUAAACAUCAGCUGGUCAGAAGUCAGCUGAGAACCAAUCACUGCUGA